CAUUAGUUUUCAAUUGUAUGAAAGACUUCCCAACAGCUGCAGAACCUGGACGAUUGGACCAACCUGUCUUAAAGCAACUGCAGCAAUGAAGGUUCUCUUUAUGCUGCAGCUGGUCUGUAUAGCCUGCUGUAGUGGUUCCAGAGCCAGAGAGUGGGCUCAUCAUGGUGCCCCUAUGUUUGCCGACCUCACUGUGAAGGAGAUGAAAGCCGUUCGAGCCUACCUGCAUGGUAUUCCAGACAUGAAGCUCACAGAUGCUCGAAGCAUAACUCUAAAGAAAAACAGUAUAUUGCUGAUGGAACUCCACUUACCAAAGAAGCAUGAGGCCCUCAGAGCACUGGACCGCGGUCAGGCCAAACCCCCUCGUCAAGCUCGAGUGAUUAUCCAGUUUGGAAACCAGGCCAAGCCAAACAUCACAGAGUACAUUGUUGGUCCACUUCCAUCCCCAAGGUCUCAUGAAGUUCGGAAAUUCAAGGGGGAGAAACAGGUUCAAUUUGAGUCCCGACCGAUCACUGCUGCAGAGUAUGGCCAUAUCGAAAACCUCCUGGAGAAGAUUGCAGGUCAAGCUCACAAGCUUCUUUUUGAGACCACAGGGGGCUUUUCCUACACAAACUGUUCCAACCGCUGCCUGACGUUCUCAGACAUCGCUCCCCGUGGGCUAGAUGUAGGUGAAAGAAGGACGUGGAUUAUGUUGCAGAAGUUUGUAGAAGGUUAUUUCAUUCAUCCAAUUGGAUUUGAAGUGCUGGUCAACCAUCAGGAUCUAGAUCCAGACAGGUGGACUGUUGAGAAAGUCUGGUACAACAGCAUGUAUUUUGACAGUGUUGAGGAACUGGUAGAAAAGUAUGAAUCAGGAGAAGUCGAGAAGCUGAAACUGCCUGAUCAUAAUGAUGAAGACCUUUACUCCACUUACAUACCUCGAGGUCACAGCAACACACCGACUAAUAUUCAUGGGCCGAAGCUUGUUGAGCCCCAGGGACAUCGUUAUAACAUAGAUGGCAACUUUGUUGAGUAUGCUGGCUGGUCCUUUGCUUACAGAGUUCGCUCAUCAGCUGGCCUGCAAGUCUUUGACCUGCGCUUUAAUGGAGAAAGAAUCGCUUAUGAGAUUAGUCUUCAGGAAGCUAUUGCCUUCUAUGCUGGGGAUACUCCUGCUGCCAUGCAAACAAAAUACAUCGAUGCAGGCUGGGCAAUGGGCACCUCAACCUAUGAGCUGGCUCCUGGAAUCGACUGCCCAGAAAUCGCCACCUUUGUUGACCUUUACCAUUACUUUGACACAGACAAACCUGUGCGCCACAAAAAUGCUCUGUGUAUUUUUGAGAUGACUACUGCCAUGCCCCUAAGGAGGCAUUUUAAUUCUAACUUUCAAGGUGCAUACAACUUCUUUGGAGGUCUGGAAAACACUGUACUGGUGUUAAGGACUACAUCAACAGUUUACAACUAUGAUUACAUCUGGGACUUCCUCUUUUACCCGAAUGGAGUGGUGGAGGUAAAAGUCAGUGCUACUGGAUACAUCCAUGCCACUUUCUUCACAUCAAAUGGACUUCACUAUGGCACAAAAGUGUACGACUAUGUGCUAGGCAACCUGCACACUCACCUCAUCCAUUACAAAGUAGACCUGGAUAUUGUUGGUCGAGAGAACAGCUUUGAAACAAUAGACCUGAAAUAUGUUAACUUCACCAAUCCAUGGAGCCCAGAGAAUUUCAUCGUCCAGUCUAAACUCCACAGGACAGAGCACAAGACAGAGCGAUCAGCUGCAUUCCGCUUUGGAAAAAAGUUCCCUCGCUAUGUUCAUUUUUACAACCCUAAUGAGAAAAAUAAAUGGGGGCACCAGAAGGGUUAUCGUAUUCAGUUUAACUCACACGCAGACAGUGUCCUUCCUAAAGGCUGGAAAGAGGAAGUUGGCAUCAGCUGGUCAAGAUAUCCUCUAGCUGUGACACGCCACAAAGACAGCGAAGCUACCAGCAGCAGUAUUUAUACUCAAAACAACCCCUGGGAGCCUGCAGUGUCCUUUGAGGACUACAUCCGCAACAACGAAAACAUAGUCAACCAGGACCUGGUAGCCUGGGUGACUGUGGGCUUCCUACAUGUCCCACAUUCCGAAGACAUCCCCAACACAGCAACACCUGGCAACGCGGUGGGCUUCUUCCUCAGACCCUUCAACUUCUUUAAUGAAGAUCCCUCACUGGCAUCCAGAAGCACCAUCAUCGUCCGGCCGGGGCAGGACGGCACACCUAAAGUUCAGAGAUGGACACCUGAGGUCGUAGGUCACUGUGUGACAGACAAGCCAUUCUUUUACAACGGCACCUACGUGGGAGUUUAGACGGAUUAUAACGUCAUUCUCAAAACUAUAUUUGUUAACAUUUAGGGGAGAAAAAUCAGGAAUCACAACAAUAAUGCAGCAUGACUAAAAAAGCACUAGUGAAUUCAGUCCAUUCAGUUGAUAAUCCCUGAGAAUGCGAUAAGUCUUUAGAUAUGUUUGUUCCCUGAAAUUUUAUAUAUAUGUUUUUUUAAUUCUGAGCAAAUUUAUGUUUUUCAAAAGGUGGUUGUUAGCAUUGAUGCCUCUUGUCAUGUAACUUUUUGUAAGAUAGACACUCAGAACAUUCAAGGUAGAAAUUUAAAGUAUAAUUUCUUUUUAAGGUUCACUUUUUUACUAUCUCAUUAAACCGUUAAACAAUAUGCCUAUUGUUGAAGUAUACAUAUGAAUUUGUUCAUGUAGCAGUUGCAAAAAAAGAUAUGGGGUGGAUCUUUAGAAGCUCUGUUAAUCCCACGUUGGGUCUCCACGGAUGAGCUUUAUUAACAGGGAGCAUCCAGGAUUCAGGAUUCUCCACAUCCGCCCUGCCUGGUCUAAAACCGCUGCCCCCCAGGAUACUCGGCCUGGCCCAUGCCAGGAAUGUUUUUGGUGGAUCUACAACAGGGCUUGAAAAGCAAACAGUGUGAUUCCGGAUGCUUCCGAGCAAACACACCAGGAUACCACCUGGCUGUGUGGUUGCCCCUGGAAACCUGAGAUGCACUUUUCAGAUUAUGAAAGGCACAUGAGUAGCUUUGUGCCUCAUAAAUAGAGUAGAAAUAGCUUUAUUUUUCCACAAUGGGGAAAUUCAGGCCUGAUAGUGGCAAAAACACAUAGACCAAAGUUACACCAAAGUUAGAUUAAGUAAUGCAAAUAAAAACUUCUAAUUUAAAGUUAAGUUCUAAAGCAGAAGCGAAUUAACUUGUCAGAAAGAGAAAAAAGAAAAUAAAUUAAUGCAUCUAUUCCUAACUUUGCAAUUACAUGGCAAAUCAAACUGUCUUAAACUAAUUCUAUGUGAAAGAUUUGAUCCAUCUUGUAUGUAAUAAAUAAUGAUUUAAAAGCAAAAGGCUAUGUUGAUCUCUUUUACAGAUAUAACAAACGUAAGAAC